GCACUUUUCCUUCCGCAGGAUGAGCGAACCUCGGGACGCGCCGCCAGGUUACCCGCGCACGGCGCCCCGCGCAUGCGCCGUGACUGUGGUGACCGACAGGGGCGGGGCGGGGCGAGGCGCGCCCCGGCGGCGCCUCGGGAGGGAGAGGGCUCUGUGCGCGUGCGCCGUGGGCGCGGCUGGGGACGUUGCGCGUGCGCGUUGGGGCCGGCGGCGGGCGCGCGGAGGAGCGCGGGUACGGGGGGCUCCAGGAAGGCCGCCCGUGUGUCCGUCUGUCCGUCCGGGAGUGCGCAGUCCCGCCGGCUCCGGCCCUCAGCCUUCCCUGCUGGGGCACGCCUGCCGCCCGCUGCUGCCGCGGCACAGGGGGAGGGACGCGAGGAGCCGCCAGGAUGAAGCUGGUGAGGAAGGACCUGGAGAAGGAUAAUGCGGGGCAGGUGACGCUGAUCCCCGAGGAGCCUGAGGACAUGUGGCACACCUACAACCUGCUGCAGGUGGGUGACAGCCUGCGCGCCUCCACCAUCCGCAAGGUUCAGACCGAGUCGUCCACGGGCAGCGUGGGCAGCAACCGCAUCCGCACCACGCUCACCCUCUGCGUGGAGACCAUCGACUUUGACUCACAGGCCUGCCAGCUGCGGGUCAAGGGCACGAACAUCCAGGAGAAUGAGUACGUGAAGAUGGGCGCCUACCACACCAUCGAGCUGGAGCCCAACCGCCAGUUCACCCUGGCCAAGAAGCAGUGGGACAGCGUGGUGCUGGAGCGCAUCGAGCAGGCCUGCGACCCGGCCUGGAGCGCCGAUGUGGCGGCCGUGGUCAUGCAGGAGGGCUUGGCCCACGUCUGCCUGGUCACCCCGAGCAUGACGCUAACUCGUGCCAAGGUGGAGGUGAACAUCCCCCGCAAGCGGAAAGGGAACUGUAGUCAGCACGACCGGGCGCUAGAGAGGUUUUACGAGCAGGUGAUGCAAGCCAUCCAGAGGCAUAUCAACUUCGAGGUGGUGAAGUGUGUACUGGUGGCUAGCCCAGGCUUCGUGCGGGAGCAGUUUUGUGACUACAUGUUCCAGCAGGCAGUCAAGACUGACAACAAACUUCUGCUGGAGAACAGGUCCAAAUUCCUACAGGUCCACUCUUCCUCAGGACAUAAGUACGCACUGAAGGAAGCACUCUGCGACCCUGCUGUAGCUAGCCGUCUUUCUGACACUAAGGCAGCUGGUGAGGUCAAAGCCUUAGAUGACUUCUAUAAAAUGCUGCAGCAUGAGCCUGACCGGGCUUUUUAUGGCCUGAAGCAUGUGGAGAAGGCCAACGAAGCCAUGGCCAUUGACACCCUGCUGAUCAGUGAUGAGCUUUUUCGGCACCAGGAUGUGGCUACCCGUGCCCGAUAUGUUAAGUUGGUAGAUAGCGUACGGGAGAACAUGGGCACAGUACGCAUUUUCUCCAGCCUCCAUGUGUCUGGAGAGCAGCUGGGCCAGCUGACAGGGGUGGCAGCUAUCCUGCGCUUUCCUGUGGCAGAGCUCUCUGACCAGGAAGAUGAAUCUAGCUCUGAAGAGGAUUGAUAACAGUGACUUCAUUCCACAGUUUCUUUUUUGCGUCACGUUGAAAUGACAUUAAAGGUCCUCCUGACCUGAACAUUGCGUGCAGAUGUACAAUGACAUGUAAUUAAAAAGUUUUAAUAGUAAACAUAUACACACAUAUAUGUAUAGCUUUACUCAGCACACUACUGAUGCACACUACCAUACAUAUCUGAUGUAUGGUAAUAAUUAUCGGUAUGUUGUGCUGAGCUGACUGUUUUUGCAGUUCCGGACCACCAGCAGUACAAGAAACUAAUUUGGCUCCCCAGCACUGCUUAGUCUGCAUGUUAAGGCAGACUGCCAACUUAGUGAAAUAUGUAAGAAAAAAUAGUAAACUAACAGGGAAACAUUCACAUUUGACUAUUUCUGUUCAAAUGCUUGAAAAGAGUAUUAUGAAACAAAUGUAAACUUUUUGGAAAAGCUGUCAAAACUGUGCUUGAUCUUCACAGGAGCUCCCUGUUCUUCCUAAGGUGUGUCAAAGGAAUUGGGUCAAUAUCAGCUCUUAGGGCUUUAUGUGGUGAUGAAGUCUAACCACUUAAAUAUUUCUGUGAAACACUUGAAGCAGUCUUUCAGCAACGAGACCCUUUAAGUUAACCAUUUCUUUGCUAACACAGUAGUACAUGCAGGACAAAUGGUGACUCUCUGCACCCAUUUAGUUACCUUUUUGAAUCCUGUUAUCUUGGGAAAUUGUCCUGAAGACUAAUAAGUUGUCAUUGACUGUAUUCUGCUAAAUUGGCAUUAUUUAGCACCCAGUUCUGGGAAAGUAAAGGAAAAAACUUAGAAAAUCAGGACUUCAGUUUCCACAAGGAAUCUUUUGAUAGCAUAUAGUUUAGGUAACUUCAUAAUCUGGUAUUCUGUUUUGCAUUUCUCUUUAAAAACAUACAUAAACGGUGAUACAGAAAUAAAGAUGACAAAAGUAUCAAACUUCAGCUUAAGAUAGUGGAAACUGUAAAAGUGAAAAUUACCUUUUCAAUUAUUUGACCAGCUCAAAAUACUGAGAGCCAGAAAGAGUUUUCUUUCUUCACUGAGCCAUAAAUCUUAGGUUGAGGAAGCAAAAAUUGCUUUCAGAUUCAGACAUAACCUGUGGUUGUAUUGUUUCAAAUCCAGGUUUGAUGAUGUGGCUUGUGUGUGUAAAUAGACAUUCCUUAUUUAAAUGUGAUUGAAGGUGAGAACAGGAACCACAGAAGAAUUCUGUGAUAUGGAAAGUGUUGUAAGAGUGGAACAAUAAAAAAUAAAAUCACCAAAACUCCUAGUCUGGGUAGAAUAGUUUUAGGAAAAUAAUUUUUAAGGAUGGUCCCCUAUGUUCAAGGUGCCAAUCCUCUGAACUUAAUACUAUCUAUUGGUAGCUGAAGCACCAAUCUGAACUUCUUGAUAGAGAAGUACUUUUGAGUCAGAGCCAUCUCCCCUCUUCUACAUCAUCCACACAGUCUAAGAAAUUCUUGAAAAGAACUUGUGUAAGAGCUCUAACACCUCAAUUCUUCUUUUGUUGAAAACAAACAAGCCCAUUGAGACACUUAUUUAAAGUUAGCUUGUACAUGAAUUAUGUUAUUUGAGCUUUACAUUUUUGUCUUGAAUGGUGUUGGGUGACACAAGUCAUAGGAUGCUCAGGUAGACUCUGUUUGGCAGUUGUGACUGUUUAAAUUUAUUUUUUUUAAUUUGCCUAAGUUUAUUGUACACUUUUUAGCAAGAAAGCACCUUGAUUCCUGUUAUAUCUAGUUUGAUGUUAAAAACAGGAAGCAGAAGAAAUUGACCAGGAAAUAUUAAUUAUAGGCAGCAAAUUCAGGCCUUAAAUAAACUCGUGUCAAAACAAGUCAUUCAUUUCUCCAAGCUUUUAUAGCCUAGGAUGGUAUAGUAGUAUAUUUCCUUUUUCUAAGUAAUGUCAGUUUGUUGCAGCUGUACACAAAUGACAUUCUAAUUUGUAGUGCAUCAGAAAUUCUUAGUUUUUCUCAACAAACUCUCUGAAGGACAAAUCACUGUUCUUUGGUUGUGGGAUGGAUUGCUGCUUUAUCAGACCAGACUGGUUCCAAUUAUUCCAUUAUAAACGAGAAGUUGUGAAGAGUUUGUGCUGAGUACUGCAUGAUUACAAUGGGGGUUUUGUGUUUUGUGCCUGUAGUUACCAUCAAGGAAAAGAAGUGGCGAUUUUGUUGCAUUUUUCUUUCAUCUGGUAAGCAAAUGUGACGAUAGUGAUUAUUUGAAUUAUUUACACUCAGAAUUAAAAUUCUGCCUUCACUAUAUUUUGUGUAAUUUUCUUUUUAUUUAGCUAUUGCUAUCACGUUGUUAUGUCUCUGAAAGAAAUACUCAUGGCAUUGCCCAAAGAAGUAUGGAAGGGUGGGAUUUUUUUUUUCCUUUGGUAAGCAUUUUUGUAGUAAAAUAAAUAUACGAUCACUAUGUGUACAAAUGCAUCCUGUUUCAGGAAACAGCUUAAGGGCUUGGUAUUGAACAGGGGCUGUGUUCAGUGCUUGACCUGGCCAAUUUCCUGGGUUGCUAGUAUCUUCCAUGUUUCAAGGAAUUUUGAAUAGUUGAAAAGUCCAUACUGACAAAGUUGCUUGCUCAACGCAGACCUUAGUUUGUGGGUAUAGAUAAGACUUGCAGAAGAGGCAUGCUGUCAGCAUAUCAAAUGAGUGAGUGCUAGAGCCAUCGGAAAAUAUUUUUUGUGUCUAUUGUUUGGAACUAAACUAAAAACUGCAUUUUGAAAUGUCUCCGUUUUGAAGUGUCUCCAGUUUAGGAUUAUAUUCUGGCAUAAUUCUGUGAAUUAAUAGUGUAGUUUAGCUUCCAGUUUUUCUGUGUUCAAAAUGAAUGAAGACAUCGUAGGACUUCCUGAAGUUUGUUACAUUUGGUAGGAAGAAAGUUCUAAAAAGUAUGAAAUUAGAUUGAUCGUGAACCCUGCUGUGCUAGACAGUGAUUCAAAUAAAUUUAUUCAGUUAUUCUUUUGCCUCUCUUGCAAAUUUGUAUUUUGGAACAGGCCCCAGUCUGUUAGUUUUGUGACCUUUGGCAUUUAAAUCCACUUAUCAUUUAUGCUUUUUGUGGUUGUUAAUCAGCUAAAGCUCGGUGCAAAAUGCAAGGUCACCACCAGCUAGAGACCAAAAUAAUCCUACUAAUUACAAGUCAAAAUAAAAGAUAAAUCCUUCAGUAAAAUUGUAAAGCAUUUAACAAUAUUUGACUAGGAAGUUCCUCAUCUCCCUCCUCCUGUCUUUACCCUUGUAUAAGUAAAGUGCUAGUAAUAAAUGAUCUUUGGACCACCAAUGUAACAAGAGCCCAUAGCUCUUCAGUUUAAUUUGUGAUGGGACUAGACAUGAUGUUUUUAAAGCUGUGUAAAUGUCUAAAUUUUCAUUUGCAGCUGUUCUCUCACAGGUUAAGUAGCGCUGAAUUUUAGAACUAACUUACCCUCUGAAAAUUUCUUACAACUUCUGAGCUGCUGACCUUGGUUUGCCUUGUUCAGUGAAGGUAUAUUAUAGCUCAGUUCUCAUUGAACUGAUAGAUCACUUGAGCCUCUCAAACUUCUUUCUGGAAGCUGGAUUAUAGGUGUAGAAAACUGUACUAAUAGCUUGCAUAUUUUUGAUCACCCCUUCCAUUCAUUUUUCUCUGAGACUUUCAUAGCUCUUUUUAAAGAAAAGAAGCCAGUUUCCUAAAGGAAUAUACACUGAGUUUUGCAGGAAAAACCCCCAUAUUGUCAGAAUGUGUUACUUGAAGCCAUAUUUCUAGAGUGUGUAGUCUAUUGAUUCUACAAAAGACCUAAGAAAGCAAUUUUUAAAAUAUGAAGCAGCAACUAGAAGGUCCACAAUUAGGAAUCCUUGUUUAUAACCUAAAAUCAGAAUCCCUACGGGAGACAUAAUAAAAAAAAAAAAAAAAAGAAGGAAUGAC